UACGAGACAACAGCAGCAGCAACAACAGCAGCAGCAGCAGCAGCAGCAGCAGCAGCAGCAGCAGCAGAGACUCAAAACCACAACAACAAAACUUUACAGACUUUUUAACUUUUACGCAUCAAACCCGGAGUUUGGUCCUCGCGCUGCGCUCUGUCCUCCGUGUGUGUGUGAGAGAGAGAGAGAGAGCGCGCGCUCCUCUGCGCUCCUCUGGCUCAGGUUUUGGACGACUGAAGGACCGGACUUACUUUAUCGCCCCACCGUCCUUAUCUGAGAAAGAGACUUAGACUUGAAGAGACUUCAAUCAAGUGGGAGAAUCUUUACGCGUGGACGACAUCACCUCCACGGGACUAAAAAGCCUUCCACAAAUCACUAUUAUUAUUAUUAUUUUGCUUCCAUAUUCCUGAGGAGACGUGAAGGACGUGAACAUGUAUCAGAGCCUGAGUUUGUCCUCUAACCAGUCACCUUACGCACAUGACGCCGGGAACUACAUCCACCCGUCGGCGAGCUCCCCGGUCUACGUCCCCACCACCCGAGUCCCGGCGAUGCUGCCCACGCUGUCCUACCUGCAGACCUGCGACUCUCCACACCAGACCCACCACGGCCUCGGCGGGCACCACGGUUGGCCCCAGACCGGCACGGACGGCUCGUCCUUCACGCCCGGCAGCCCUCACCCUCACCACGGCCUGUCCUACUCGCACAGUCCGCCCGUCUGCAGCAACACGGGCCGGGACGCGACCGCGUACCAGAGUCCGCUGGUGCUCGGGAACGGCGCGCGGGCGGAUCAGUACGGGGGCGCGCUGGUGCGCUCCGUCGGAGGCUCUUACUCCAGUCCGUACUCGUACGUGAGCCCGGAGAUGGCGACGUCCUCGUGGACGCCGGGUCCGUUCGAGAGCGGGGUGAUCAGUCUGCAGGGCAGACAGAGCGGCCUGCACGCGAGGAGGUCCAGUCUGGACCUGAUGGAGGACAUGCAGUGCGAGGGCAGGGAGUGCGUCAACUGCGGCUCCGUGUCCACGCCGCUGUGGCGCAGAGACGGCACCGGACAUUACCUGUGCAACGCCUGCGGCCUUUACCACAAGAUGAACGGCAUCAACAGGCCGCUCAUCAAACCACAGAAGCGCCUGCAGACCACACCUCGCCGAGCUGGCCUCUGCUGCACUAACUGCCACACCAGCACCACCACACUGUGGAGGCGCAACGCAGAGGGGGAGCCUGUGUGUAACGCCUGCGGACUCUACAUGAAGCUACACGGGGUGCCCAGACCUCUGGCCAUGAAGAAAGAGAGCAUUCAGACCAGGAAGCGCAAACCCAAGAUGCCCAAGAAUAAAACAUGCACAGGAGGAUCCAACACCUCUGACACAAACUCCCCGACCUCUCUGUCGCUGUCCGAACACGCUUCCACCAUCAAGAGAGAACCAAGCUUGGCUCCUUCACCCUACGCAGGACAGACAGUCACGUCCGCCACUCAGACUGCGUCUCAGCUGGACAGCACAGGAUCAGGACAUGUCAACAUUAAAUAUGAGGAUUAUCACUUUACCCCGACCUCCAUGGCCCCACAGAUCUCUUGGUGCGCUCUGUCUCAAGCCUGAGCAGCUUGGACGUGGUCUUCCCUCGGCAGCACACGGCUCACCGCACACGGAGGAGGCCCGAGGCUCCGCCCUGAAGUUGUCUCUUGUGAUUCUGGUGAAAUCAGUGUUGGAUAAUCAUCAAACGGGGCUGAAACAGAAAUAUCUGACGGCUUCAUGUGAUCACAUUAACUCGACGUGAAGACGUCUAAUCUGCUGACUGUUGUCUCCUAAACUGCACCGCUGCACCCCCCCACCCCCUCCCCCCACCACCUGGACCACGCAUUCAACAAGGAGACAACAGGGAAUCUGGACAUGAGUUCUGUGAGAGGACGAGUGUCCACUGUCCCCAGCACAACCAAAGAACACUGUCAAACACAGACAUGAUGAGACAUUAUGUCCUCAGCACAACCAAAGAACACAGUCAAACACAGACAUGAUGAGACAUUAUGUCCUCAGCACAACCAAAGAACACUGUCAAACACAGACAUGAUGAGACAUUAUGUCCUCAGCACAAUAACAAAAAACUACCUACGACUACAGUAAAAACACAUGUGAAGACAAUCAAGUGGAAAAUAUAAACACAUGAAUUGCUUUUAUUUUUAUUGCAGAUGAGCAAUUUAAUUCUUUUUUUUAAUUGAUGUCUGUGGUGUUUCAUUAUUAUUAUUAUUAUUAUUUGUUAUUAAGAAUUUUAGACAAUAACAGCCUCCGAGGAAAACCAUCCGAAACCCAACUUGUGUUCAUUUUGGACAGAAAACCACGUCAUUUCCAAGACUUUGGGGGCAAAAACACUCCAUGCACCUGGGUGUGGUUAAUGCAUGUACAUACUGUACAUACCAAAUCAUAACAUUUCAAAAUGUGCUGUCACUGUUGGACUGUAAUUUAAUCUGUGUAAAUUAAUCACAUGUUCUGAGGGGACAGAACCCUCUCGGCUGACCUUUUGUAAUGCCUGUACGCAAAUGUAAUAAACAGUAUGAACAUAA